AUGUUCAAGUCAAUACUAUUGUCUGCUCUUGUCAUCCUUGCUGCUGUUGCAUGGGGUCCUGAUGGUCAUGCUACUGUAGCUGAUGCUGGCAAUAAACUAUUCAACGACAAUGCUAAUGAGGCUGUGGCUGAGAUAUUGGGCGAAGGCGUCAGGAUGGCCGAUUACGCCAGUUGGCCCGAUAGUGUCCUUCAUGGGCCUGAUAGCUCUGAGUGGGAGUGGUCCUCUGGUUUACAUUUUGCUGAUGUUGAACAGUGUCAUUUUAUCUACUCCCGAGACUGCAAAGAUGACUACUGUGUUGUUGGUGGUAUCAAGAACUAUACCCGUCAAGUGGCGGACACUAGUCUUCCUAUAGAGCAGAGGCAAGUGGCUUUGAAGUUCCUCAUGCACUUCAUGGGUGAUAUUCAUCAACCUCUCCAUGUUGGUCGACAUUCUGACUAUGGUGGAAACACUAUCAAGGUUGAUAUGAAGUUCGCCAACUACGAGUAUGGUGCCCUUCAUCACGCCUGGGACGAGAAGAUGAUUGACCAGUCUCAGGCUAGUCAGUAUGAUGGUGAAUACAUCCAGCAAGACGCCAACUACAGUACCCCGCUCGCCGAGAGGGAGACGUUCUGGGGAAUUACGGUGUCCGAUAUUAUGACAGAGUUGGCUGAAGGAGGCGCCUUCCAUGAUAGAGUUCCGAUGUGGCUCGCUGACUGCGAGACCAACGGCCUGGACGAGUGUGUGAACACCAUGGCUGAGGAGUCGGCAAUCAUUGCUUGUGCUGAUGCUUAUAGACAUCUUGAUGGUGAUGAGAUCGAGUAUGGAGAUGUGCUAUCUAUGGAUUACUACGAUGAUCGUAUUAAAAUUGUUAAGGAGCAACUCGCGAAGGGAGCCGUUCGUUUUGCCUGGAUUAUGAAUCACGCUUUCCCUGAUACUGUUACUACUACUACCACCACUACUACGGCCAAGACCACCGCUGCUGCGGUCAAGACUACCACCAUCGCAGCCUCUAACUGCUCGAAAGCUGACGCCGAAUGUGCUCUUUCCUACUCCGGCUCAUACUGCAAGUAUUGGCUGACCGAGCCUGUUUGCUUCGGUUCCAAUAUCCCUUGCUCUUGCUAA